AUGUUGGAGGAGAAGCUGUCAGCGGCAUCAUCAUCUUCAUUGUUCUCAUCAGAUAGUGUCAGUGGAAUGAUGGAUGGCUUGCGUAGUAAAUUGGUCAGUUCAUUCUCUGCUUCAAAGGCAUUGGCCAUGGACGUACUGGGCGACACAUCAAUCGAUUCACCUGCUUCUUCUGCUGGAAAUGACACAUCAUCACAACAGGGCAGUGGAGUUCAGCCAAAUUCAUGGCCACCUCCACCCUCAACCGGAAACAAUGGAUCAACUCCUCCUCGAUGGACAAUCGAUCCAACACGUCCUACAACAUUCCCCUUGCCACCAACACCUCAAACACCCAAUGCAAAGCUGCAUGUCAAGGGCUGGAACUACAUCAGAGUGCGCACCGACAUGAGCUUCUUCAACACAUCGGCGUCGAGCUCACAAGAGUGCAGCAAGGAGGGCGACCUGAUACCAGUGGGCAUCAACGACACGAGCCGUUCAUGGCCCAUCUGCAAUCAGACCGUCAGGUAUCGAUGCUACCUCAAUUGCUCGGCCAACGAUGUGGUCACGGCCGACGUGGCUCGCUUCGUCUUCAACGACGUAAUCCCAACAUCAUUGGCGAUCAUCGAGAGCAUCGUCAUGGUGCCAACGCGCGAUGGUCCUCUUCAAUUGAACCGCGACAUGCUUCGCAUGAGCAAGGGCAAGUGUGGACCCACUGUCCAGCUCAAUAGCACGUACGGCGAGAAGACCUUUGACGACACCGACCUGCUGCUCUUUGUCACUCUGCGGCCAAUCAUGAUGACCAGCGUCAUCGCCUUUGGCACGCCCUGCAACUUUGACUUUGACGACCACACCUAUGAUGGUCGCGUCAUCUUUGGCCGCCCCCUGGCCGGCUCAAUUAAUCUAUCCCCAAUGUACAUGAACAGCUUGAUGUCCGUGCCUGGCAAGUACGGCUUCCAAAAGGCUGUCCAAUCGACAGUGCAUGAGCUGAUCCACGUGCUGGGCUUCACACAGAACCUGUACACUAGCUUCCUGGAUAAGAAUGGAGUGCCACACGUUGACCCCAUCGUUGUGGAGAAGCAGACCGACACUGGUAUCAAUGGCCAGCCCAUCGAGCGAUUCUACACCAAGAUGAAGACGCCACACCUUGUCAAUGCCACUCAGAGGCACUUCAACUGUCCCUCUUGUGAUGGACUAGAAAUGGAGAACAAGGGAGCAAAGUUCUCUGAUCAAAUGGCCAAGUGUUCACAUUGGGACUCGAGGACAGCAUACUCAGAGUUGAUGAAUCCGACUCAAUCUUCACCAAUCAUGACGUUGUCUGUGCUCACAUUGGCAUUCUUGCAGGACAUGGGAUGGUACGUCGUGGACAUGAGGAUGGCACAGGAGUUUCACUGGGGCGAGAAUGAAGGCUGUCAGUUCCUCAAUGGACGCUGCGAGAAUUGGAAGGAUGGCAAGGAGAAGGGAUACUUCUGUGACAAUCGUCGUGCACCCCCACAGUGCACAGCAGACCUGCGCGGCAUUGGCAACUGCAACAUCAUGCAAAUGAAGGUCAACCUCAGCGACAUAUCACCCUACUACGUGCACUAUCCAAACCCCUAUCUAGGCGGCCCAAACGUCACUGACUACUGCGCCUUUAUCGAGAUGAACAUCGCACGCAUUGGUAGCCUAUGCACCGAUCACCAUUCAAUCUACAGUCGCUGUUUCAUGGUCAACACCACCCUGUCACCCAGCACGGGCAACAGCACAGUCAAUGGAACAUCGGUCAAUAGCAUGGACAACUUUAGGAAUGAGACAAGCCAGGUGGCCCCACGCUGUUACGAGACCAAAUGUGAAGGCGAAGCGUUGUUCGUUCGACUGAUAGGCUCAGAGUAUGUCGCCUGUCCGAGCGGCGCCGUCAUUCAGGACGGUUCCAACUCAACGGUGACAUGUCCGAUGAAUAACCUGGUCUGUGGCCGUCCAAUGGCCGUGGACAUUGUCGUUCCACAUGGUAGUCUACUAGUCGACAGUAAGCGCGAGUUCCCAGUCUUUGUUAUUCCAGUGUCGAUUGCAGGUGGCGUGGUGGUCGUUGCCGCGGUGGUCGGUGGCCUCCUAUUCAAGAAGUAUGUUUUGCGUGGACCCAAGACUGCACAGGCUGUUGCAUCAUCGUCCACAGCCAGUAGUCCCAAUGGUGGAGGUGCAAUGGAUGUGCUUCCAACUACUACUAGCAGUACAUCAACAAAUGUUUGA